AUGCAAUGGCUUGAGCAAAUCCCCAAUAUCUAUGUGGAAGAUGACAAAGCAGUACACCCCAGGGACCUUGGUCCCAACUUCUACUCAAGCGAUGCCUUUGUAAAUAAACUUCUGGAUUAUUUCAAAGAGCGUUCACCUGACGACAGAGCGAAGCCAUUUUUUGCAUAUCUCGUAUUCACAGCCCCUCAUUGGCCACUUCAAGUUCCCGAUGAAAAUCGUAACAACUACAGGGGAAGAUAUGAUGAGGGUCCUGGAGUUCUGCGUCAAGGGCGUAUAAGUGCUUUGAAGAAACUGAAGAUUGUACCACAAGAGGCGGUACCCCAUCCUGUCUUGGCGAUUCCAGACGAUCUCGAGUUGUAUCAAGAGUGGGAAGACCUUUCAAAAUCUCAACAGGCUGCGUCGGCACGACGAAUGGAAAUUUAUGCGGCCAUGGUUGAGAGGAUGGAUGCACAAAUCGGUAAGGUUAUCGACUACUUAAAGGAGACCGAUGAACUAGAUAACACGCUCGUUCUCUUCAUAUCCGACAAUGGUGCUGAAGGCAUGCUCCUCGAAGCCGUUCCCUUGGUAGGAGCCAACUUUGAAGAACACCUGGACAAGUACUACGAUAACUCAGUGGAAAACCUGGGCCGUUACAACUCAUUUGCAUAGUAUAGUCCUCGUUGGGCUUCAGCAGGAACAGCACCGUCUCGAUUAUACAAAACAUUUACGUCUGAGGGAGGUAUCCGGGUGCCGUUGAUAAUGCGUAACCUUCAAUUCACUGACAGUUGCCGUGGCAAAAUAGAAAGUGCUUUCAGCACCGUCAUGGAUAUAUGCCCAACCAUCUUGGAUCUUGCUGGCGUCAAACACCCAGAUGCCAGAUAUCGAGGGCGCGAGAAUGCACCAAUGAGGGGUCGCUCUUGGGUUCCAUACCUUCUCUCGGAUGAGCGAGGAGAGAUCCAUAUCUACCCAAAAGAUCAUAUCAUGUCUUGGGAGCUGUUUGGUCGAAUGGGGAUGCGCCAGGACAAGUGAAAAGCAACCUUUAUUCCUAAGAUCCUGGAGAAACAAAUGAUAUCUCGGACGCCAAUGCUGAUAAGAUGACAGAGCUUCUUGCGGCUUACAAGGACUAUGUUGAGGAAUUGGGAAUCGAUGACGGCCAAUAUGAAUAUGGACCGUUUCUUAACAAUGUACAUUAGAAGUUACUUGGACAGGAGAGCCAACAGCAGACACAGCAGGAGGAACAAGAAAUUGGGUUUUAUAGAAGAGUCUCCAGGCUCUACCGGCUUCAAAUUCAGCGGUUUUUUGGAGAGGCUUUUAUUCAGUAUCGCAUUAGGUUCAAUAAGCAAUUAGUCAAGUGUCGUUCACACAG